GAACAAACAGAUUUUUAUUUUUUGAGUUUAUCAGUGGUGAGUGGUUCGGUUUAAGCUCAUUACUUGUAAAUAAGCCAACAAAAAAAUAUGUGGUCGUAGGAAAAUCGCCAUUAUGUUCGGAAGGUGCAAGUCAAGCACACCUAACAUGAAACUUGUGAUUCUUUUUUCGUUGUAUACCAUCUCCUUGUCACAAAACUACGACGAAGAGAGAGUCGACUAUCUAGCAAAUUUGUUCAAUGAAGCAAACAAGAAAGCCGAUUCUUACGUGUGGCCCACAAACGCUGAAAAAUUCCGUGGAUCCGGACCACGCAAAAAAUAUGGAAGCUACGACUUCGUCGUCAUCGGGGCUGGUGCUGGCGGAUCCGUCGUCGCACAACGACUGUCAGAAAUACAAAACUGGAACGUGUUACUACUGGAAGCUGGAGUAGCCGGAAACAACUUAACCGACAUUCCUGGAACGCACCCACCAACUUUUUUCUCUCACUACAACUGGGCUUUCAACAGUACUCCACAAACAACAGCUUUUCAAGGGUACACCAACAACGUGUUGUUUUACCCGCGCGGAAAAGGCCUUGGCGGUAGUACUUUAAUCAACGGUUUAAUUUAUUCCCGAGGACACGAAAGCGAUUACGAUAAAUGGGCCAAGCACGUCGGAAAUGAACGCUGGAGCUUCAAAACGGUGUUAGAGUACUUCAAAAAAUCCGAGGGAUAUGUGCACAGAGAUCCAGAAGCACCGUACGACCGGGAGUUUCACGGAACAGAAGGUCCGUUACGUGUGGAGUACCAGAUACCGAGAAGUCCACAACUGGAUGCGUUUAUGGCAGCUAACGAGGAACUAGGGUUAAAUGUGGCGGAUUACAAUGCUAAUAAAUUGGGAGUGUCUUCACAACAACAGUGUACGAAAAACGGAGAAAGAUUCGAUAGUGCGAAAGCGUUUCUUCGACCGGUACGACAUAGAAAGAAUCUGAGAAUUCUAACACAGAGUUACGUUACGAAAAUUGUGAUCAAUAAGACGGUUGCGACGGGGGUUGAAUUUAGCCACAAAGGGAAAAAUUAUUUUGUAAAAGCGACGAAAGAAGUGAUUUUGUGUGCUGGGGUUUUUGGUACUGCGCAGAUUUUGAUGUUGUCUGGCAUAGGACCCGAGAAACAUUUAACACAAUUAAAGAUUAAAGUUAUAGCAAAUCGAGAAGUUGGUAGUACCCUUGGAGACCACCAAAGUUUUUAUGGAAUCGUUGUAAGUUCUAACUACACAGCCCCGAUUAAACCAAUGAAGGACUAUAUCAGAGAAUACUUGAAGGGUGUAGGUCCUUGGACAAGUGUCGAUUCCACUCAAGGCGUUGGAAUGUACGCAUUAGGCACAAAUUACACAGGAAUUCCCGACAUCGAAUUAAUGUUCUUUCCGUCCAACACUACAAUUAUGACUUCACGAAAUUAUGGAUUUACCAAAGAGACUGACCACGAUUUAAAUAAAAACGUUGACAUUUCCAAGUCGUUUCGGAUCGCGGUAAUAAAUUUGGACAGUCGAUCUUCAGGAACGUUUAGAUUGAAAAGUAAAAACCCCUAUGAUUACCCUUUAAUAAACUCAAAUUUUUUGUCAGAUGAUAAGAACGAAGAUAUCAAUAUUAUGUACAAAGGGAUUCAGCUGGUGCUGCGACUUCUUCAAACCAAAGCUCUCAAAGCUAUAAAUGCCAAGUUACUGGGGGGGCCUUUAACGGCCUGUGGCCAGCACGAGUACUUAUCUAAAAAGUAUUGGUACUGCGCUUUAAGACAGGUGACUGGGAAUAUUUUUCAUCCAAUGGGGACUUGUCCCAUGGGAAUGAGCACAGAACAAGGAGCCGUUGUUGAUUCCGAAUUGAGAGUUUUCGGUUUUAAGAAUUUGAGAGUUGCAGAUGCGAGUGUGUUUCCUUUCACCCCUAGAGGCCAUCCCGUUGCGCCGAUUACCAUGAUCGGAGAACAGUUAGGGGAUUUGGUUAAAGAAACUUAUAAAACAAAAUAAAUGUACAAUUUAGUUGAUUUAA